GUAGCGGACAGAAGCCAAUCGUGAAGUGUCAGUCUCUCGCGCGACAAUCAUCAUCAGAACAACGCUAGUGGCUACGUUCGUUUUAUUUUAUUUCCAUUCCACGGUGUUAUUUCACUUCGAUUUUCAUCCAAGCGAAUUUUUAUUUACCGUGUUGUUUUCAUACGUGCUUAAUCAUUUUGGAAAUGACAUCCGAUCAAAAUCCGAUGACGAAUCAAACAGAGGAGGAUAUCGGAAGAAGGCAAGCAGUCCGCAUCAUACACACUAGAGGAACUCAUUACGACAUUGGUUUUGAUAUUGGUCAAACAUUUUCCGGUUUAAUUCAGAAUUUCAUCAAUAUAUAUGAACCACUUAAAAGUUAUUUAUCACUUUAUGAAACGGAAGUGGGUAGAAAAAUUUAUGAUGAGACUCUUGCCUGUGUGGAACAACAGUUUCCUGGAUAUCUGAAAGAAAUUCAAGGAACAGCCGCCGGUGCCAACGUUCCUUUUUACAAGUUAUUUCUCAUGCAUUUAGAUGAUAUUUUGCCAAAUGUGGCUAACGAAGGACAAGAGAAUACAUUACCGAUUGGUUGUUCAACUAUUAUGUGCAAUCAACCAGGACAAGAAAUUUUAGGACAUAAUGAAGAUGCACUUAGCGAGACAUUAAAUCAUUGGUAUUUGGUUUCUGCGCAUGUAAUCGAACCAGAUAAUAAGGAAGAAAAAUUUACAUCUUUGAGUUAUGCUGGAUUUUUACCAGGAUACACGAUGGGUUACAAUCAUCAUGGCCUCGUUUAUAGUAUCAAUACACUUAGUGCUGCUACCUUAAGGUCUGGUAAAACACCCAGGUACUUUUUAACUCGGGCGCUAUUGACUGCGGAAAAUUAUGUGCAAGCUCAACAGAUUUUAAGAAAUGAAGGUUUCGGUGCAGCAGAAGGAUUUUCAGUAAAUAUGACUUUUUUAAUGCAAGAAGGGGAUAGAAUGUUCCAUAAUGCUGAGGUUGGUCCUUGCAACAUUAAUGAUACGCAAUCACAAUUGAGUAUUUUAACCGUUAGUCCUGGAGAGAAUACAUUUCACUGUAACAAAUAUCUCCGAUUAAAGAUACCAGAAGUAAAAGGUCUUAUUAUAGAUAGUAGUAUCAAAAGAGAAGCUGUCAUUUGUAAAUACUCUCCUGCUAAAUCAUACCAAGAUGUUAUAAAUAUUCUAAGCGAUCAAACGGAUGAUGAACACAAAAUUUAUCAAGACGGUCGUGUGAAAACCAUAGCAACCGGUAUCUUUGAUUGUAUCAAAAAAACCUGGUCUAUCUAUACGGACAAACCAAAUCCUACGCAGCCGGUUUUGGUGAUACCAUUACAAUUGCAUGAUGAAUCAACAGUUUCUGCAAUGUAAUGAAAAUUCGUUGAUCAAAUUAAAUAGUAAAUCGUUCUUCGAAAAUUUUAUCGACUAUUUCAUCGCAAGAUACUGAAUUGUUACUUACUUGUUCCUUUUUUUUUUUGUUUUUCGUUGUUAUAGCACAUUAAAAUUUUUUUAGAAAUAUGUAUAAUAUUUCUGUUAUUAAAUCUUGUAGUAAUUAUAUUGUAUUUACAAUACUCUCGAUAUUCUUUCUUCGUAUUUUACAUAUCUUAACAAAUUAUCUUUAUCCGUAGUUUAAUUAUGAUCAAGAAUUGAAUUAUAUCAUUGAACGUUAAAGAUAAAUCAAAAUCAAGGUUUCUUAAAAA